AUGAAAAUCAAAAACGCUUUUGAAUUAGUAAUGCGCUUAUUAGCACUUUUGGUGCUUUCAGAUUGCUUUACUCACCGCUUUAGUCGGCGCUUUUGGUGCUUUGUUCGAUUUGGUAAAGCGGCGCUUAUUAGCACUUUUGGCGGGAAAACGUUUCUUCUUCUCCAUAUUCAUCUUCAGCCUCCUGUCCUCCUCUCUCCUCUGAAUUCUGAACACAACGGUUGGAACUUGGAAUCAAGUGAAGCAACAUUCAAGAUCAAAACAAGGAUGGGUUCUACAAAUAGUGGAUCAGAUGACCCGGUUAAGAAAUACGGGGUACAAGAUCCAACUAAUAAAAACAACUUUACAUGCAAUUUCUGUGGACAAGUGGUGAAGGGAGGUGUAUUUCGCUUCAAACAUCAUAUGGUUGGUGGUUAUAAGGACGUAAAGAAGUGUCCGAAUUGUCCGGGACAUGUACAAGAAGAAAUAAAAGCAUAUUUGGAAAAGAAACAGAAUUUAAAAGCUCAACAACAAAUGGAACAAGCACGAUUCCAGAUGUAUGAACCUGAUGAAUAUGAUGAUGUUGGUGAGGAAGAUGUUGAAAUAGGCAGUAGUAGGAAAAUGCCCCCUCCAAAAAAACCAAAGCAAAAAGGCCCUAUGGACACAUACUACACCCCUAAUCCGCAUGAAGUCGUCAAAAGUAGGAAAGGAGGGAGACAACAAACAAUCAAUGAAGUAUGUCAAAAGGAUCUUAGGGAUAAAGUUUGCCGUGAGAUUGCGAGAUGGUUUUACGAUGCAGCCAUUCCUUACAAUGCCACGACAUAUAAUAGCUUCAAACUCAUGGUUGAAGUUAUUGGACAGUUUAGCCUUGGGAUGAAACCACCGAGCAUGUAUGAGUUACGAGUCCCUCUGCUUAGGAAUGAAGUACAGGAUGUGAAAAUCCAGAUUCUUGAGCAUGAACAAGAAUGGGCAGAAAAAGGUUGUUCAAUAUUAUCUGAUGGAUGGCGUGAUUCAGUGGUGCAAAAGGAUAUCACAAACUUCAUGGUAAACUCUCCAAAGGGUUCGGUGUUUGUGAAAUCAAUCGAAACAGUUUCGGAUGUAUCAAAGGAUGCAAAUUUGUUAUUUCAUGUUCUGGAUAAGAUGGUGGAGGAAGUUGGAGAAAAAAACGUAGUACAAGUUGUAACUGAUAACACUUUAGUAUAUGUAAAGGCAGGGAAGUUGUUGGAAGCCAAAAGAGAGCAUCUUUAUUGGACACCAUGUGCUGCUCAUUGCUUGGAUUUGAUGUUGGAGGACAUUGGAAAAAAGGUUCCUAAGAGUGGGAAAAGGCAAAGUGGUCCAACAAAGAUCAAAUUGCAAAAAAAGUUAGUUGAUGGAGAAAAGUAUCCAACAAUGGGCUAUAUUUAUGAGGCUAUGGAUAGGGCUAAAGAAGCUAUUCGUGAUAGUUUUUCCAAUGCGGAUGACUACAAGACAGCUUUUCAAAUCAUUUAUCAAAGGUGGGAAUGUCAACUGCAUAAACCUCUACAUGCAGCAGGACAUUUUUUGAACUCGGGGAUAUUUUAUAAGGAUACUAUUGGGGUGGCUUGUGAAUAA